UUAAAUUGUAGCGAACCGAUCACAGACAGUAGUUAUAAAUGUGUCUUGUUCCUUUCCAAACUCCAGUUACUUUCCUUUCGAUAUCAGGACAUCGGUGUCUUAAGGCACGACUGCUGAAUCAGUUUGGUGGAGUUGGGGCAGCCAUUGAGGUGUGGGAUGGCGUCAGACUUGGGUGCCCAAAACCCCAGCUCCAAGGGGAUCAUGACCUUUUACCCUACUGUUGAGGAGUUCAAGAAUUUCACCUGUUACAUUGCUUACAUGGAGUCCCAAGGAGCACACAAAGCAGGCUUGGCAAAAAUCGUUCCACCAAAGGAAUGGAAGCCCAGGCGUUCCUAUGACGAUAUAGAUGAUCUGGUGAUACCAGCACCAAUUCAGCAGGUGGUGACGGGCCAGUCAGGUCUGUUCACACAGUACAACAUCCAGAAAAAAGCUAUGACCGUCAAGGAGUUCCGCAAGAUUGCCAACAGUGACAAGUUUUGCAGCCCUCACUAUGAUGACUUUGAAGAGUUAGAGAGGAAGUACUGGAAGAAUGUGACAUUUAACCCUCCCAUCUAUGGGGCAGAUGUCAAUGGAACUCUCUAUGACCCUGAUGUGAAAGAUUGGAAUAUUUGUCACCUGGAUACUAUUCUGGACACUGUGGAAUGUGAAAGUGGCAUCACCAUUGAGGGUGUAAAUACACCCUACUUGUACUUUGGCAUGUGGAAGACCACGUUUGCUUGGCACACUGAAGACAUGGACCUUUACAGCAUCAACUACUUGCACUUUGGAGAACCGAAGUCCUGGUACUGUGUUCCUCCAGAGCACGGAAAGAGAAUGGAACGUUUGGCUAAGGGUUUCUUUCCUGGCAGUGCCCAAAAUUGUGAGGCUUUCCUGAGGCAUAAAAUGACUCUCAUCUCUCCCUCCAUAUUAAAGAAAUAUGGCAUUCCAUUUGAAAAGAUUACCCAGGAGGCAGGACAGUUCAUGGUGACCUUCCCCUAUGCCUAUCAUGCUGGUUUUAACCACGGUUUCAACUGUGCAGAGUCCACCAAUUUUGCCACUCAGCGGUGGAUUGAGUAUGGCAAGCAAGCAGUUUUGUGUUCAUGCCGUAAAGACAUGGUAAAAAUUUCCAUGGACGUGUUUGUGAAGAAAUUCCAGCCUGAACGUUAUGAACAGUGGCUGGCAGGGCGAGACACAGCACCCAUCAACCACUCACAACCUACCCCCGAGGCUAAAGAGUUCCUGAGGGAGGGAUUUAAUGAUAGCAGCGUCUACCUUGAAUCACAGGAGAGAUGUGUGGAAGAGGGAGAAAGAAAGAGCCCUAAACAGAGGAUAGAGACCAAGAGACACAGAGUAUGUCUAGAGGUGCCUCAAGAGGUAGUGCCUAAGGAUGAAGAGGAAGAAGAAAAGCAGUAUGGAAAGCGGCCAAGGUUAAGCCUAAUGCCUCCACGUACUGCAUCACCAGAAUGCAGAAGAAAUAAGGGACCACCAAAGUUAGUUGUCACACCAACCAAACUAAUGUUGAUGGAUCCCUUCCACAAAAGCUUCAUUCAAGGCAACAGUAACACAAGCCGUCCUCCUCAUUACGCCAAGACCCGUGCGCCUGCCAUCUUGUCCCAGUCCCAGCACAGAAAUGGGCAUCUUUCAACAAUGACACCCACUUGGCCUGAAGCCAUAGUCCAGCCUACCCGCAAAAUGGGGGUAGCCAGCCUGCUCUUUCAUAAGACUCUGAGCCCAAAAGAUGCCCUUCAGGUGCAAAGCUACUCUCUGGAGAAGCAGCAGAUACAGCAGCCUCACACACAGCUCCAGGUGCAUAGCUAUGCCAGAGAGCACCAACCUCGCUAUCUCCAGCCGAAGACCAAUGCUCUGACACACACAUGGAUACAGCCCCAGGUAUCAAACCAUGAGAGCACUGGGCCAGAGCCAGAGUCCAAUAAUAUUCUUACCAAAGUAGAGCAGAACCAGAUCAAAGUACCCAGUCCUGGAAAGCAGCAGCAGGAAGAGCAGAAGGAAUGGCCCCUAAAAGUGUCCAUACCAGUCGAGGCUCAAGAAGAGGGUCAGAGGUCAAAAGCUGAGGCCAAUAGCCAGUCUUCUCCAAUCAAGACUGAGGUUGAAAAUACAGAGGUGGCAACCCAAAAUAACAAUAAGCAGAAGGGGUCAGGAGAGCAGUUUUGCUGCACAUCUGUGACAAAUGAGCAAGAGCAGCAGAUGCAGCUCCGAAAGCUUCCUCGCCACCACCCUCUGAUCAGAGAGGUCACCAGUGAUGAGGACACAUGUGUGGAGGCAGAGUUUGAAUUGGAAGAGAAGGAGGAGUGGGCCAAGCCCCUUACCCAAUUGUGGCAGUGUCGGCCCUUCAACCCCCAGGCAGAGAUGGAAUACAACCGACACAUGGGCCAGCAGGCCCCCUACUGCUCCAUCUGCCUGGUCUUCCACACAUACCACCAGUCGGAGUCAAGCAGUGGCAGCUCCAGCGGGACCCUGGUGAGCUUUCGUCAGGGCAGACAGUGGUCCAAACCGCUCAUCCCUGAGGUGUGUUUCAAUACCCACACCAACAAGACUAGUGAGAGUGGGGAGGGACAGCUAUCCAAUCCACGACAAGCAGAGGACGGAACCAGCCGACUGGUCAGCUGCUCCCAGUGCUGCGUCCGUGUGCACACUAGCUGCUAUGGUGUGUCUGGAGAUGAGACGGAGCUAGAAAACUGGCUGUGUGCCCGUUGCAAGGCUGACGCCACCAGUGAGGACUGCUGUCUGUGUUCUCUGAGAGGUGGCGCUCUGCACAGAGCCAACAAUGACAAGUGGGUACAUGUGUUAUGUGCCAUCACUGUGCUGGAGGCUCGCUUUGUCAACAUCACCAACCGUAGUCCCAUCGAUCUCAGUGCAAUCCCACUGCAGCGUUUCAAACUGAAGUGCUUGUACUGCAGGAAGAGGAUGAAGAAGGAAGUGACGGGUUGCUGUGUCCAGUGCUCCCACGGUCGUUGCUCCACAGCCUUCCACCCUACCUGUGCCCAGGCAGCAGGCAUUCUCAUGUACCCAGACGAUUGGCCAUUCAUUGUUUACAUCACCUGCCACAGGCAUAGAGCACCUGUCAUACCUGAGCGGAGCAAGGCCUCCAUGCGGGAGCUGGCAGUGGGCCAGAAGGUGAUCUGUAAAUAUAAAAAUGGCCGCUACUACCACAGCGAGGUGACGGAGCUGACCAAUGCCACAUUCUACGAGGUGGUGUUCGACGAUGGUUCCUACAGUGACAACCUCUUUCCUGAGGACAUUGAGAACCGAGACUGUGUUCGACUCGGCCCACCUGCUGCGGACGAGGUUGUUCAGGUGCGCUGGACAGAUGGAUUGAUAUACGGGGCCAAGUUUGUAGCAUCACACUCUAUUCCAAUGUACCAGGUUGAGUUUGAGGACGGCUCACAAAUCACUGUCAAAAGAGAAGAUAUCUACAGUCUAGACGAGGACUUGCCGAAACGAGUCAAGUCGCGAAUGUCAGUGGCGUCGGAUAUGCGCUUCGAGAUCUUCACCCAGGAGGAGGUGAAGCAGAGCUCUAAAAGGCAGCGAGUCAUCAACUCUCGAUACAGAGAGGACUACAUCGAGCCUGUCCUUUACCGAGCCAUCAUGGAGUAAAAUACUCUUUUUGCCUCCUCUUCCACCUCUGUCCCUCCUUAAAAACUUGCCACACACCCAGAGAGCUAUGUCUCCAGAACCUCAUACCCUGUUAGGAUUCCUCCUGGUUACAGCUAAUAGAGAACCCCCCACCACCACCACCACACAUACACCCCCCUCCCCCAUCUCUCUCUCUCUACUUGGCUGGCUUCCAUAGGUUAUAAGGUUAUAUAUUUAUAAACUACGGCUGGGACAUAGGUCUUCUAUAUGUGUUGAGCAAUCACACUAGACACCCCCCACUUCUCUGUACAUGACAUCUCCCAUGUAUAACGUUUUAUUUAUUCUUUUUUCUUUUUUUUUUCUGUUGGAAGGCACCACUAAUGAAUAAGGUGGAAAAGGUUGGACUGUGUAAAUAGGCCAAGAGUGUUUUGUUUUUGUUUGUUUUUUUGCUCUUGAAAUUGACACUUUCAAAAACCAUACACACCCAGAAAAUCUUAAAAAUUGUCAGCUGACCUGGCUUCCUGAUAAUGACAUCUAUUCCAUUGCUGUUUUCUUUUGGGUAUUGAACUGAUCCAAAUUAACUUCAAACUGUUCAGCAGAAUCAGUGUACCAUUGCUAUCUUGCAGUGUGGGGAAUAUUUUUUUCUAAUCUAUAUUACCAGUGGGAGAUUUAAUAGGAGGGGCUGGGUGGGGGCUUAUGAAUCCUUUGAUAACAAUUUUCACUGGUAAGCAUUUUCGACUACAGUGGCAGUAAGUAUGAAGGUAGUUGUAAUAAUAGGUAUAAUAAAAGGCACCAUCCAUAAAAAUGAUAAUUGACACUAGAUGUGAGCUGUACGUAACUGUUCCAACUUAAAUACAAAUUCGACAUAAGAACAGACUCAAAAACGGAACUCGUUACUAACCUGGGGACUACCUGUGUUUUGGCUUAUUGCUACCACUUCUCAGUUCACCUCCAUCAAAUUUGCAGUUGUGAUAAUGUGCAUCUACUGUGAAGAUAGGAGAUUCCUUAACUGUCUCGAGGCCCAAGCCUUAAGUACCACUGGGCCAAGCUUGACUCUGCUGAUUUAAUCUAUCCAAAAGUUCACUGUUAUUAUUGUUGUUAUUACAUGUAAUUUAAGACAGUUUUAUUGAGGUUCAGGGCAAAGCUAAUUUCAUCAUUGCUUUGCUGUACUUUACAAUCUCUGGUAAACCUCAGAUGUAUUUAUAGUUGUUUUAUUGGUGGGUUUUAGCUGGUCUGUUCGCACAUCAGCUCGCUUUUGAAUUUUGUUUUAAGCCACUAUGUUCGCGUUUAACAGUGUAAAUCUCAAGUUGGGUUUAGUCUCUCUUUCGGUAAAAGCACUUAUUAAUAACUCCCAUCCCUUCGUAACCCAGGGCAUGUCUGCUGUUGUCUAGACCAGUAGCUUCCUCUAGGUUCUAGUAUUUCAAUGAGUGCAUACAAGUAAGAGAGUUUUUUUUUUCAUUUCAUAUCAUGGCCGGCACUAGCUGGAAAAUUUAUUUCAAAUGUGUCAAAAUUAAAUCUUACCCUUGAUCAGGGAGGAGAGUAAAAGGGGAAGUUCCUUUUCAGACUUUUGAAUCAUGUUCUUAAUAUUUGGUUAGUGAUUUUAAUUUCAAAAGGGAAAAAAAUCUCAAUGGAUCUCAGGGGGACAUAGAGCGCAAGCACCCCUCUAGCCAUGCCCAUUGUAAUGCGACAUUUUCAUGGCAACUUUUGUCGGUGCUUGGUUCUAGGCAGCGUUAACUCUAUACACACUUUGUAAAUAACUGUUUGAAUAAAGAUUGA